AUAUUGUGCUGCUGGAUCUUUUUGACGCUGACACUGAUUUCCAUGGCUCCCAAAACAGAGACUGACACACUGGCCCAACAUGACUGCGAUUCCACCACAAUCGGACAUAUCCUUUGCACAGCUCCCAUCCCAUUCGGGGGCAGCGACAGAGACGACCAAUGGCUAUACUAUCCAGAUACGAAACAAUUCGACCUCUCUCGAGGAGCACAACAACGUCUCGCCGUGUCCUGCGACGAAUCGCGCCAUAACCACUGCGGCUUCGUUAUCGACCCAUCCAAAUCCGUCCUGAUUGUUGUUGACAUGCAAAACUACUUUAUUCAUCCAAUGUAUCGAGAUCACGUGGCUGGAAUCGCAGCGGUAGACCCAACCCUGCGUCUUAUUGAUCGGUGUCGAGAUGAGGGAAUCCAGAUCGCGUUUUUGAAUUGGGGGAUCACGAAUCGUGACCUCAAUAUUAUGGCGCCUGCUGUACAGCGCGGCUUCAGCAAGAGUCUUGGAUGGCAUGUAGGUCUUGGUGCCAAACUUCCAGACGAUCAAGGCCGAUGUCUCUUCAAGCGUACCUGGAACGCUGAACUAUACGAACCCUUCAAAGCGGCCGCUCGACCGGGCGAUUUAUUCUUCGACAAGACACGUAUGAGCGGAUUAUGGUCCAUCAAUGAACCCCUGCAUGAGUACCUGCGCUCUUGCGAGAAGAAGACUUUGAUAUUCGCUGGCGUAAACACGGAUCAAUGCGUCGGGUCUACCAUUUCUGACGCUUACUCUUGGGGCUGGGAUUGCAUCAUGGUCAACGAUUGUACGGGUACCAUGUCUGACCGCAACGCUCAAGAUUUGACCGAAUAUAAUGUCGCCACGAAUAUGGGAUUUGUUACGAACAGCGACGCUUUUAUCGAGUCGCAGCUCAUCUAA